AUGGCCGAAAGCACAUGUGGCUGUGCUCUUCUGGAUAUAUGUCCUGCACGACCCAGCACCAGGCUCGUCUCUAACGAAGCGGCCUUUCAUUCCUUACGAAGUUUCCGUGUGGCAGAUGAUAGCACGAUAUCUGAUUUAAAUGCAUCCGUGGAAAAGGCCCUUGAUAUUGGACAUAAUGACAUUCAUUUGGAGGUACUGGGGGUCUGGAAAGAUUCACUCUUCCAAGAGAUGUACGGCCUGCCGGAGUCUUUGGUGGGCCUUUUAUCCCAGACCAUCCGUUUAGCAAAUGAACAAGAGCUGCUGCAUCGCGAUACGAGCCUUGACCUUGAUAUUGUCAUGACCCUGAACGAAAGGACGAAGAUUCUGGAGUACCAGGUUCUCUCUUGGAAGCGAGAUAUGGAAGUUCCAGGUACUCAAGAAGCCAGUUCGUCGACGUUGGGUCGUGAACACGCGAAGGCAAGAGCAGGCUACUACUUGAGUUUAGCUGUGCAUCAGGGUUUGAUUCUGUUUUACUAUCGACGAAUGCACAACAUCAAUGCUUUGAUUCUUCAGGAUACAGUCCUAAAGGUGCUUGACUUCAUCAAGAAAAGCGAGGAGUCUGCCAUGGCAGAUGAACAUUACAGAGCCUCGCUACUUUGGCCCGCCUUCAUUGCAGCAUGCGAAGCCCUGGAUCCGAAUUUGCAAAGAAGUCUACUCGAUUGGAUUACUUCUACUGGGCUUCGUACUUCCAUUUCCGCUUUUACCGCUGCUGCCGACAUUGUUCAGCAGGUGUGGAAACUGCGACAAGAGAGGAUGGACUACACAAUAAGCUGGUUCAAUGUCAUGGAUCAUGAUCGCUGUCCGAUCAUUGCUGUCUGA